GCUAGAGAGGCCGGAAGUGCGACUAGCCUGGGCCUCCGCUGGCCGCGCCGGCGGUGGGACGCCUCGAUAUCUCUCCUGUCUUUCCUUCGCGGCCCGGGGGCGAGGAGGCCCCAGAAGGACCUUGCGAUGGACGAAGAGGGAGUGCAGAAGCCCACUGGCCCACCCACAAGGAAGAAAUUCCUCAUUCCAGUGGACGAGGAUGAGGUCCCUCCUCCCGCGGCCAAGCCCUUAUUCAAAUCCACACGGAGCCUGCGCACUGUGGAGACCUCACCCCAGCCGGCUCCUCAGACCUACGGCGAGUACGCCAUCUCAGGACCUCCAGGAGGGUCUGGAGCCACACGCCCCAUAGGGCCAGAACCCCUGGCAGGAGAGACCCCCAACCAGGCCCCCAAACCAGGAGCAAAAUCCAACAGCAUCAUUGUGAGCCCCCGGCAGAGGGGCAACCCUGUGCUGAGGUUUGUGCGCAACGUGCCCUGGGAGCUUGGCGAUGUGCUUCCCGAUUACGUGCUGGGCCAGAGCACCUGUGCCCUCUUCCUCAGCCUCCGUUACCACAGCCUCCACCCAGACUACAUCCAUCAGCGGCUGCAGAGCCUGGGGAAGAGCUUCGCCCUGCGAGUCCUGCUCGUCCAGGUGGAUGUGAAAGAUCCUCAGCAGGCCCUCAAGGAACUGGCUAAGAUGUGCAUCCUGGCCGACUGCACCCUGAUCCUUGCCUGGAGCCCCGAGGAGGCCGGGCGCUACCUGGAGACAUACAAGGCUUACGAGCAGAAGCCGGCGGACCUCCUGAUGGAAAAGCUGGAGCAGGACUUCGUCUCCCGGGUGACUGAAUGUCUGACCACCGUGAAGUCAGUCAACAAAACGGACAGUCAGACCCUCCUGACUAUUUUUGGGUCUCUGGAACAGCUUAUAGCUGCAUCGCGGGAAGAUCUGGCCUUGUGCCCAGGCCUGGGGCCCCAGAAGGCUCGAAGGUUGUUUGAUGUCUUACACGAGCCCUUCAUGAAAGUGCCCCGAUGACCUCUGCUGCCAAGGAGGCCCUUGGUGUAACAGUAAAGCACUUUCCUGGUCCAGGC